GGAGACAAUGAGAGAGGAUAAAACCAUGGUGAUUGAUGUGAAUGAGAAUGAGAAGAAUGUUAAUGGUGGAGUAGUACUAGAGGUGAAAGAAGAACCAGUUAUAUUUAUUGAUGAAGAUGACAUUAUUGGGGAUUUUACUUGUUCAUUGCCAAAGCCUUUGGAUGGGUUACGUGAUGUAGGUCCACCUCCGUUUUUGAAGAAGACGUUUGAAAUGGUGGAUGAUCCAAAUACAGACUCUAUAAUCUCAUGGAGUAACAAUCAAAACAGCUUUGUUGUUUGGGAUCCUCACAAAUUUUCAAUUCAUCUUCUACCUAAACACUUUAAGCACAACAACUUCUCUAGCUUUAUCCGCCAGCUUAAUACCUAUCGUUUCAGGAAAAUUGAUUCAGAUAGAUGGGAAUUUGCGAAUGAGGGUUUUCAGAAAGGGAAGAAGCAUUUGCUGGUAAAUAUCAAGAGAAGAAAGCAGUAUCCUCAACAAGGAGGAGGAGGAGGAGGAGGAGGAGCAGCAAAAUCUUGGGUAGGAGGUUGUUGCAAGGAUGGAACUGAAGCGGCGGAGAUAGAAAAGCUGAAAAAGGAUCACAACACAUUGAAAAUGGAAAUUCUGAAGCUAAAACAACAACAAGAGAGCACUGAUACGUAUUUAGCUACUAUGAAGGAGAGGUUACAGAACAGUGAAACUAAACAAAAAUAUAUGGUGAUCUUCAUGGCGAAAACGUUCAACAACCCUAUGUUUGUUCAACAUCUGAUUGAGAAGAUGAAACAGGGGGGGAAGACUACAACGGUAGAGAAUGGGACCAAAAAGAGAAGGUUGUGUAGUGAUGAAAAUCAAGAGGAGUACACAACAAUUAAGUCGGAGAUACAAACACUUUUCUCUUGUGAUGAAUCAUCGAACAGUCCAGUUGAGGAACAAAAAGGUAAGGGAAAUAAUAACAGCAGCCCAGAGAUGGUAUCUGAGAACUAUAUAUUGUGGGAGAAGCUGAUGGAAGAUGACAUGAUUUGUGAGAAUGGAGCAGAAACAGAUAAGUAUCAAAGUGAGAUAGUUCUUGAACUUGAGGAUUUGAUCUCUAACCCAUCCGAGUGCAAGUGUAUGCCUUAAAU